CAAGGAUUUAAGAAUGCAGCUGGUAAAUGCAGUUGAAAGGCAAAUCAAGGAGUGUACAUCAUCGAUAAUUAUGAACUUACGCACAACUAGUUGAAAUGUAGCGAGAAGUGGCGGUGCAAGCCGCCCAUUUAAUUCUUCAAUUCCCCCAAAUAUGUACUCGAUCUAUAUAAAUCCCUCCGUCAAUUCUUUUCCUCUCAUAUCGAUCAGUCAAACUAACCUAGCUAUACACAAUGUUUGGAAAAAGUAACCGCCACGGCGACGUCCGGCUGACCGGCUCCUCAUUAGCCGCCAUUCUCAUUGCUGCGGUGGUGGCCGCCGCCGUAUCUGCGCCGGGGGCGGAGGCUGCUCGGGCCUUCUUUGUGUUUGGCGACUCGCUGGUGGACAAUGGGAACAACAACUACCUGGCGACCUCCGCCAGGGCUGACUCUCCGCCGUACGGCAUUGACUAUCCCACUCACCGUCCCACCGGCCGCUUUUCCAACGGCCGCAAUAUCCCUGAUUUUAUCAGCGAAGCUAUAGGUUCGGAGCCGACUUUGGCUUACUUGGACCCCGCACUAACUGGCGAAAAGUUAUUGGUUGGUGCAAAUUUUGCUUCUGCUGGUAUCGGAAUUCUCAACGACACCGGCAUUCAGUUUGUAAACAUAAUAAGGAUAGCACAACAAAUCCAAUAUUUUGAGCAAUAUCAACAACGAUUGAGCAACUUGAUAGGGGCGGAACAGGCACAAAGCCGCGUAAACAAGGCACUUGUCCUCAUCACUCUUGGUGGUAAUGACUUCGUCAACAACUACUUCUUGGUCCCCGUUAGCGCCCGAAGACUCCAGUUCACUAUUCCAAACUAUUGUCGUUACCUCAUCUCCGAAUACCGAAAAAUCUUAUUGAGGCUAUACGAUUUGGGAGCAAGAAGGGCGUUGGUGACAGGUACAGGUCCGUUGGGUUGUGUUCCAGCAGAGCUAGCCCAGAGAGGGCGGAACGGUGAAUGUUCAGAUGAACUCCAAGAAUCCGCUGCCAUUUUUAAUCCCCUUCUCAUCGAAAUGAUUCAAAGUAUCAAUCAAGAACUCGGCUCCACCGUCUUUGUCGCGGUCAAUGCUGUCCAGAUGCAGAACGAUUUCAUCCACAAUCCUCAGGCUUAUGGUUUUACGACGUCAAAGAUAGCAUGUUGUGGACAAGGGCCAUUUAAUGGGAUUGGACUUUGUACACCUGCUUCGAAUUUGUGCUCAGAUAGAGAUGCUUAUGCAUUUUGGGAUGCCUUUCAUCCAUCAGAGAAGGCAAAUGCGAUCAUUGUGAGGGGUAUUUUGACAGGCACAGAUAAAUACAUGAUACCGAUGAACUUGAGUACCAUUAUGGCAAUUGAUUCAUUUCAUGUGUAGUAUGGUCCCCUCGCAUGCACUCCGCCCUUCCAAUUUAGCUUCAGAUAUAUUAUAUGUGUAUAUUUUCCAUCAUGCUUCUAUAAUAUGUUGACUACAAUAUAUUUCUAUUGUUCCCCGUUGUGGAUGGAUUAAGACUCCUGUAACAUUAAGAGAAAAAAGUGUACAACGCAUAGGUUUAGAGUUCUAUGUCUUGUCAUGUGUGAUUAUUAACAACAUACAUUUGCAAUUAUGCCUCUUAUGGCAAUCAAUCGUAUAUAUAUUCGUAAAUGUUGGUCUUUUUCAACAUUGAUGCGGUAAAUUCCAUAUUAUUUCAAUCUUCAUUUCAUGCAUA